AUGGGCAAUGCCCAGUCUGGACCUAAGAUCACAGCGCAAGACCGGGCGGUACUCGACCUAAAGCUCCAGAGGGACAAGGUCCGGCAGUAUCAGAAACGUAUCCAAGUGGUGCUCGAUGCUGAGAAACGGGUUGCGCUAGAAGCGCUAGCACAGGGGAGGAAGGACAGGGCGCUGAUCGCCCUCCGGCGGAGAAAGUACCAGGAGCAGCUGUUAGGCAAGACUGAUCAGCAGCUUGAGACGCUCGAGCAACUUGUAUCGAGCGUGGAGUUCUCUCUCGUACAGAAGGACGUCAUGUUCGGCCUACAGCAGGGGAACACUGUCCUCAAGGAGAUACAUAAGGAGAUGUCACUCGAGCAAGUGGAGAAGCUUAUGGAGGAUACGGCCGAGGCGGUGGCUUAUCAGCGAGAAAUCGACGAGAUGCUCAUGUCAACAAUGACAGUAGACGAAGAAGAAGCCGUUCAGCGCGAGCUGGCCCAGCUACAAGCCGAGCAGCUAAGGAUGCCCGAAGUGCCCUCUACAGUCCCUGUCGUUCCCGUCACGGUCGGGAAGCUCCCGGAGGUUCCGACGACGGAGCCACAGGAGCCAGAGACAGCACGGGAAGAAGAAGAGCCGGAAGGGAGGGUGGCUUUGGAGGCUUGAGCAGAGUAUGGCGCAAGAGGAGUCAUGGAUGUACGAUCGUAUGUAUGGAAGAUGUAAAUUAUUCUUACAAGGCAGUACAAUGGAUCUCACAUAUUACAC